UGAAUACGCAGUACGACCCCGCAGCAGUGGCACAGGAAAGGGAAAACCUGUAUACAACGUCACUUUUGAUUCUUUGCAGGAGAGUAUUUAGCUAUCGUUUUUUCACUUUCACCCCCCAGAGGUGAAUGAAGUGAACGCACGAAGUACCGUACGAACACACAGCACCGCCCCCGCAUGUUGAAAAAGAAUAAAACCCAAAUUCUUUUAUCUACCACCCCUCCACCAGGGAUCUCAUGGAGCAGCAGCAAGCCGCGGAGCAGGCGGCACAGCUUAUCAAACGCAAAAAUGUCCGGGUCUGGAACUUUGCUCGACUUGUCAUGCAGGUUUUCCAUGACCCAUAUGAUCUGUAAUGGAGGACCUAGCAUGACAGAUUCCGUGAGAUCACUAUCAUGCCUAUCCUGCGUGAAAAAACUGCCUCUCAACUUGAUCAAAAGUAGGCAGCAUUUGGUAAUCAUGCAACACAGAGUUUUGCGUGAUUCAGAUUCAGCAUGACAAGUUCCAACCUUCCGGACCCAGACAUUUUUGCAAUUCAUACAGCUCGCCG